AUGGCAACAUUUCUAAGGCUGUUCUAUGGCUUGGGUGCUCUUAAAAAGGGCUUUCUUGCAGGUUGUAGACCAAUCAUUGGCCUAGAUGGUUGCUUUUUGAAGGGGCCCUUUGGAGUGCCUUAUACCUUCAUUUCUGACAGGCAAAAAGGACUGGUACAUGCUAUAGAGGAGCUAUUUCCUGGUGCAGAACACAAAUUUUGCCUUAAGCAUCUGUUUGAGAAUUUUAAGGCAAAGUUCAAAGACAGUGAACUGAGGGAAUUGUUUUGGGCUACUGCAUCAGCAACUAAUAUUGAUGAUAUCAAGAGAGCAUUGAAUGCUUUGGAAAUAGCUCAGCCACAAAAUGAAGAGAACCUUACUGCUGCUGGUUCGUUAAAAAAGCUGCCAUAUCACUUGUGGUCUAAAGCACAUUAUGAAAUGACCGCUAAGACUGAUAUUUCAGUCAACAACCUAAAAGAGAAUUUCAACAACUACAUUUUAAAAGCAAGAGACGAGCCAAUUGUGACUCUUCUUGAAUUUUUCAGAAGAAAGUUAAUGCAACGAUUGAUAUUGAAGAGGCAAGGCAUGGAGAAAUAUGGAGGUAGAUUGUGUCCAAACAUUGUUGAGAAAUUAGUCAAAAGUGUAGAGAAGAGCAGACAUUGUAUUGCUGUAUUUGAUGAUAUUGAAUCAUUUGAGAUUGAUGGUUUCAACAGAACCUCUGUUGUGAACUUGCAACGUAGAAGUUGUUCAUGUGGUGCAUUCCAGUUAACUGGAAUUCCAUAUGUGCACGCUAUUUCUACAUUCAAAGUAUGCGGAUGA